UAUUAGAGAGAGAAUAAAAGCAUUUUCCCUUUGGAAAGACUCAUGUCCUCUUAUAUAUUUUGAACUCUCUCUCUAUAUAUUAUCUUCUUUCUUCUUCCUCUUGUUAUAUUUCACUUUCCUCCAUAUAUAAUAAACAUGUCAUCAAGCUACAUUGGUUCUACUAAUUCUGAGCAACUUUGCUAUAUCCCUUGCAAAUUUUGCAAAAUUGUUCUUGUGGUGAGUGUUCCAUGCAGCAACUUGCUUGAUAUAGUGACAGUUCGAUGUGGACACUGCACAAAUUUGUGGUCUGUUAAUAUGGCUACUACAUUUCACUCCAAUAAUUCUUGGCAAAAUCAUCAACAAUAUCUUCAUCAGGUAGCAAACUACACUAAUUCUCCUCAUGAUCAAUACAAGAUAGAUUUUGGUUCAUCAUCCAUCACAGACAAUUCUACUCGUGAGGAGAGGAUUGUAAAUCGACCUCCAGAAAAGAGGCAACGAGGACCUUCCGCAUAUAACCGGUUCAUAAAAGAGGAGAUUCAGAGGAUCAAGGCUAAUAAUCCAGAUAUCCCUCAUAGGGAAGCAUUUAGUACUGCUGCUAAAAAUUGGGCACACUUCCCUCACAUUCACUUUGGGCUCAUGUUGGAGACUGACAAUCAAGCUAAACUUGGUGCUAGUGAGAACAAAGAAAAACAUAUAAUGCAUAGAGCUGCAUUGCCAGAAAUAAAGACCUUCACCUUCUGAGAGUAUUAAUUCUCUUUAUGUUGUAUGUUGAAUUAUUGAAGAUUGUGUGACUUUAUUUGUUCUAUUUGUUAGUACUUAUAAAAAAUUGUGUAAUAUAAUUUGGAAAUUAUUUGAAGUUCCUUUAAUGUA